AAAAGCGUAUGUUUCAUUUGCUGACUGUUAAGGUCGUUUGACUACGCCGCAUAUUUAGUCUUUUACUCCGUUUGUUAUCGUUCCGCGGAUCUUGACAGACAAAAUGCAACAUAGCCCAAUCUUAUGGGGCACAUGUAUACCUACAGUCUUUGCCAAAUGUAAACAGAACCACUGAAGAAAGGUGCUGUGUAACCCGGGCAGCUGGACGUGAUCUGCCACCUUAAAUCAGAUGCUGACCGCGCAAGAAACGUAUUCUCCGCCUACUAUGAAGGGAGCUUAGUUAAGAGUUGUGUCACCUACAGCUUUGCGAUUAGAGUGCGUCAAAGAUCCUCACGCGCGCGUCAUGUUAAAGAAUAUGGACUAAUUUGGACUUUGACCAAUUGCAGUUGCGCCUGAGUUGAAGUAUUGCCGAAGCACCGAAGGAUUCAUUGAGAGAUACAUCCCCGCACACAUCUGUGGAUAUACUGUCACAUUUGGAUACAUUUUGUUAACAGUUUAACUUAUAUGCCAAAACUGGCUGGACCUUGGAGAGAAUCACAAACUUUGUCGCGAGGCGUUAAGGUUUUCGCAACAAUUAUUGGCUAUCGAAUGGACCAGCAUCCAAGUGCCCGGAGCUGUACCAGCCGCGGAGCUCCGUCUUGCGAGGCCGUUCCCAGUGAGCCCUCCAUGAAUUUGUACAUCCAUUCUACUACCGGCACCCGCUUCGAGCUCUCCCUUCCACUGGAGGAGACGGUAGAGGGUUUGAAGAGAAGAUUGUCCCAAAGACUUAAAGUUCCUAAAGAAAGACUCGCACUGCUACACAAAGAAACGCGGCUGAGCACAGGAAAACUCCAAGACCUGGGUAUCACUGAUGGGAGCAAGUUAACACUUGUCCCCACCGUCGAAGCAGGCUUAAUGUCUCAAGCAUCCAGACCAGAGCAGUCAGUAAUGCAAGCUUUGGAGAGUUUAACAGAAACUCAGGUCAGCGACUUCCUGUCCGGCCGCUCCCCUCUGACCUUGGCCCUGCGCGUGGGCGACCAUAUGAUGUUCGUCCAGCUGCAGUUGGCGGCGCAACACUCGGGUGGGCAGCAGCUGCAGCACCGGCACCUCAUUUCCCGCGGCGGGCAGGACACCACCGCUGGGGCCAGCAGCAGCACCAACACCACCACCACUACCAGCAGCAGCAGCGGAGUCCCCCGAACCUCGCACCACCACCCCCACCCCCACCCUCACCCCCACCCCCAUCCACACACCCAUGCCCAUCCACAUGCCCAUGCGCAUGCCCACACCCACGCCAACGGCCAUGCCCACGGUCACACCCAUGCCCACUCUCACCACAUCCACUCUCACCCGGCACCCCCCAGCCCACCGGCCUUCACCCCCUCUGCGCCCAUGCAGUCGCCGGCCUCCAUGUACCCCCACGGCCACCCGGCCUCGGCCUCCACGGGCCACUGCAGUCCUCAGGCCCAUGGCCAUGCCCAUGCCCAGGCUCGCUCCUCUCCACUGACCCCCAGCCUCCUGCGCUCCCACCAGGCCGCCUCUGCCUCUGCCGGCUCCAGCAACCCAACCCCCACCCUAACCCCCACCCCCAGCCCAAGCUCCAGCCCUGCAGCCCCUUGCCCAGAGGCCAACUGCACAGCGAAGAGCCCCAGCGGUAGCAGCUCUGUGGCCUCGGCGCGCUCUCGGAAGCCUGGAGCCAUCAUUGAGAGCUUCGUCAACCAUGCUCCCGGGGUUUUCUCUGGGACAUUUUCAGGCACUUUGCAUCCUAACUGUCAGGACAGCACUGGACGUCCCCGGCGGGACAUCGGCACAAUCCUGCAGAUCCUCAACGACCUCCUCAGCGCCACGCGCCACUACCAGGGUAUGCCCCCCUCCCUCACCCAGCUGCGCUACCAGACCCAGUGCACUCCGGGCUCGCCGUCACCCCCGCCCUCGCCCUCGCCAUCGCCCACGUCACCGACCCCAGCGGUCAGCCUCGCGCCCGGCCUCUCGGCUACCUCGGUGCCCAGCGCCAGCCCGGCCAGCCUCCACCCGCUGGUGCAGUGCCAGAGCCAGAUCCGCAUGUGCAAGACUCCUGGCGAGCGUAUCCGUCAGACGGAGAACCGGGCGACGCGCUGCAAGGUGGAGCGCCUGCAGCUGCUCAUGCAGCAGAAGCGGCUGCGCCGGAAGGCCCGGCGGGACUCGCGCGCUCCCUACCACUGGCUGCCCAACCGUAAGUCCGGCCGCAGCAACAGCAACAGCAGCAUGUCCAGCGAGGGCUCCCUGGACCUGGACUUCGAGGACUCGGUGUGGAAACCUGACGUCAAGGCUGACAUGAAGACGGAGUACGUUAUGGCGUAGAGCGGAGGAGAGUGGAGGAAACGCGUGAGGAAAGGAUACGGAGAGGUGUUUGCUGAUGAGAGGAUGUGGACUUGAGGUGGCAUAGAAACGACGAGGAAGAGGAGGAGAUGAGGAACACUUCUCCUUGUGUCUAAAGACUUGUUUGGCACUCAAAAGUGUUUUGCUUUUGUUGACUUCUGUGGGGACAUAAAAAAAGAAAUAAACACAAGAAUAACGUUUUGGGACAAAGACAGGACACCUGUGUUUUGAGCAUACAAAUGCUUGCUGUCCUAAGACGAAAAAGACGGGAAAAAAAAACUAAGCAUAGCAGACUUGGUGUAUUUUCUUUUUGUGUCUCUUUUUUGUUUGUUUGAUUGUUUGUUUUCUAGCUUUCCAAGGAGAACUCUGGAUGGAGAUUCAAACUGCUAAACUGGACUCUCAGUGUACUGAACAGACAAAAAAAGAUGCAGAUCUCAAUCCUGCUGUCGUACAGAAUGGGCAUUUGCAGUCUCCAGAUCACCAACCAGAGUUGUGUUAUUUCUUAGAGUUUUUUUUUUCCUUUUUGUUUUCAUUUUCAGAACGUAUUUUUUCUAAGGAAAUAUGUAGCAUUGUUCACAAAGCAUUCAGGUUUUUUCGUACAGUUGAAAGGUAUUUUAUUUGCACAUAUCUAUGAUUUCGUUUUGGUGGCUGGUUGGAAGCGUGGAAGGUGUGGAAUGGAGCCUCCAGUGGCCACGACUUCAGAGGACAAACAGAACAGACCCAAGGAAAUGCAUGUUUCCCAUCUAAAACAAGUGGAUCUCAAAAAGAAACCCCAGCAACAGCUCAUAAAUAGGAACACAAUUUAUAAUUAAAGAAUAAUAAAUAAAAGAGAUAAAAGUCAUGCCGAGGGUUGUAAAAUCAAUGCCUUUGAAUAUAUAUAUAAAGAAAGAAAAUCGUCUAUUUUUGUUUCACUUUUUUAUCUGCUGUUUUCAAAAAACAGUUUCCCAAAAUGGCUUGGCUCAAGUCCUGGAAAAAAAUUGAUUUCUACAGUACUGUAAUUUAUGUUUUCUCUAGGUCACUUGUUUAACCAUUCAUUCAUUUACUCAUUGAAGAGAUCAUGUCCACAAAUAUGUCUCUUAUUUCUUACUGUAAAGUCACAACCUCUGUAAACCUUGGUAGGAGUUUUUUGUCUUAUUUUUAAUCAGCUGAGUGGAGUGGGUGUAUGUGGUUUGUAUUUUGUUUGCGUGCAUGUGGGUGUAUGCAUUUUUGUGGAUGACCGAGUAAAUGAACUCAAGUGUG